AUGUCCGGUGCUCAAGGUACAAAAUUCAGAAUUUCUCUAGGUUUACCAGUUGGUGCCAUCAUGAACUGUGCUGACAACAGUGGUGCCAGAAACUUGUACAUCAUUGCUGUCAAGGGUUCUGGUUCCAGAUUGAACAGAUUGCCAGCUGCCUCUUUGGGUGACAUGGUUAUCGCUACCGUUAAGAAGGGUAAGCCAGAAUUGAGAAAGAAGGUUAUGCCAGCUAUCGUUGUUCGUCAAUCCAAGCCAUGGAGAAGAAAGGACGGUGUCUUCUUGUAUUUUGAAGACAACGCUGGUGUUAUCGCCAAUCCAAAGGGUGAAAUGAAGGGUUCCGCCAUCACUGGUCCAGUCGGUAAGGAAUGUGCUGACUUGUGGCCAAGAGUUGCUUCCAACUCUGGUGUUGUUGUUUAA